AUGUCAGAAUUGGAUGAGAAGAUUAUCCGCUAUGUCUGUAUGGUUGGUAUGAACAUAUCCGAAACUGAUAAAAGUAUGCAAUCAAUCACUCGGGCAGAGAUAAGGUGUCUGCUGCCAAGCGUUUACAUAUCAGGAAGUGUAAUAAAUUACGUGGCUGCCUAUCUAAACAAUGGUGGAGGCAGGAACUGGUACUGGCCAACACAUUUUAAGGUUGAAGCAAUAAAGGACGAAGGUAGGUCGUCUUCACUGUGGGCGAGGCACACUAGGAAAAUAUGCAGGCUGCCCAGAUUUAACGCACGAUUUCACAACUGUGAUAAAAUAUUCAUACCAAUUCAUGAUCCUCAUAUCGACAAAGGACAUUGGGUGCUUGUCGUGGUCGACAUGGUGAAAAAGGUUGCGGAAGUAUGGGACAGCUUAUGUGAAAGUGGAUUGACUGCACGAAGAAUUGACGGAAUCUCAAAAUUGCUGAAACACAUAGACCGGGUUAUGCUGUUUGAAAAUUAUAUGUACUGUGAUGGCAAUAACAGUGUGGGAGAUUUUCAAAUUUUGGAGGCGGAGAACGUGCCAAUUCAGCAGAACACAUAUGACUGUGGGAUAUAUGUUAUACAGAAUAUGCAACACUAUGGGACAAACUGGGCAUACGAG